AUGAGUGACCACGAGCGAGAGGGGGACCGGCGGGACAAGCGGCCCGAGCGACACAAGAGACGACGCGAUGACGAGGCAGAAGCGAACGAGAAGGUAAAGACAAAGGAGAAGAUGAAGAAGAAGAAGAAGAAGAAGGAGCACAAGCAGAAGAAGAAGAGGGAGUACAAGAGCCAUGAGAGAAGCCGCAAUGACCGCGAUGACCGCGACGUCGUUACGGAGCCAAACUAUGCGAAAGCGAUCCACGUGGUCCAAGAGCUGCUGACAGAGACGCCAGAGAUCGCUAAAGACCUACUGGAGCUUGUCCAGAUGGUGGACGACGGGGAAGUCGCUGUGAUUGGCGGUAUUGAGAACCGACGCAUUCGUUCCAAGCUCAAGGAGCUGUGCCCAUUGUUGGGACUCGUCAAGGUACGCGGACCGAAGGACGCUUUUGCGAAACCACGUAACGCGAUAGAGGGUGCGACCGAGACAAGUGUCAUGGAGAUUUUACAACAGUUGAUACAGUCUGGAAGUGCCAAACAGGCGCCGCCACAGCCUGAUGCAACUUCUGCAGUCGAUGACUGUCUUGAACCGACGUCGCCCGCGGAAACAGUGAAGCUUGCAACACAAGAGCCAAGUCGGCGAAAGCUGCCAAUUGGCCCAGCGCUCCCUCCUGCGUCGGCGAGAUUUGACAGUACCAGCAAUGUACCGGACGAUGACGACGAUGACGUUGUGGGCCCAGCGCUGCCUGGUAUGAAGGGCUUUCGUCUAGCUGACGAGCGCACGGAAGCCGAAAUGGCUCGUCAGGCAGAGCAAUUGGAAAAAGAACUGUGGAAGCAUACGCGUGAUGGUAGCACGAGUCAAAGUGCUGAAGCGGAUGGGAAGAAUCUUUUGGUACGAGAAGCGUGGAUGACGAUGAUGCCUGAGAGCUCGAUUCUGCAAGACUCGCUGGGACCGCAGAGCAGACCACCGGGAAAACCUGCCGCUUUUCGAAGAAAGGAACCUGCUGCUGUAGACAAAACGUGGUUUGACGCACCCGAAGAACGCGAACGUGCAAAACGUGCCAAGCUCGACGUUGAGUUGCUGGGUUACAUACGCGAAGAAAACGCGCCUGGUACUGAAGCUGCACGCAGUGUGGCGUCCACGUCGAGCAAAGUGGCAGUGAACGAAUCCAUCUUUCCCACUGCGAAUCCCGAGGCGGAUGAAGAAAUGCGGUUGCGAAUGGAGAACUUGCGACAAUCUCGAGGCCCGUCACUGCUAGAAAAGCACCAGCGCAAACAAGCAGAGCAGACACAAGACGGGGGCAGGUCUGCUCGAAGCAGCGGCGGAUGGAACAGGGACCGGGAUCUUUCGGCUCGUCGUGGAAUGUCAGGAGACGACGCAGAGCGCAUGAUAACGGCAGCAAAGCAGAUCAAUUCGAAGUUCACAGCGCCGACGAUAUCACGGCAGUUUUUGUAG